AUGUCUGCGUCUGGCCCCUCCAAGGAGUCCGACUCGCUCCGCACCUCCCAGCCAAGCCUUACUCCACCUCCGGACUCUUCUCGCUCACUAGUGGCCGAGCUAAAGGCAACGGCUCGACAGGCUCGGCAAAAAGUGAGCACACGGCAUGGCUGGCUCGGGGACUACGAUUACGCCUGGCUUUGUUCGCCCACCCUCCCCUUCUCGUUGCGCAGAGGAAGCAAACCACGACGACGUGCUCCACCGUUCUACGCGCUAGAUUCCGAGCUUCCGCUCGUACUCGCCAUGGCCUGCGGACUGCAGCACGCGCUUGCCAUGCUCGCAGGACUGAUCACUCCUCCCAUCAUUUUUGCUAGUUCGCUUAACCUGGACGCAGAAAUGUCAGCAUACAUGAUCUCGGCAUCGCUUAUUGGCUGUGGAAUCCUGAGUCUGGUUCAGAUUUCACGUACGAGGUUAUGGCGGGGAUACUACUUGGGAACAGGACUUUUGUCAGUUGUGGGGACGAGUUUUGCGACGCUGAGCACGGCAAAUACGAUAAUCAGCUCAAUGUAUGCGAACGGGACCUGUAAAUCAACAACAGGCGCGGAUGGGACUGUAACCCAGGAGCCGUGCCCGGAUGCGUACGGAAUGAUACUUGGCACCUCUCUUAUCUGCUCGUUUUUGGAAAUAGGUCUCUCCUUUGCGCCUCCAAAGGUGCUGAAACGCGUAUUUCCUCCUAUGGUGACAGGUACCGUUAUCGUUAUGAUAGGUGCAUCUCUAGUAGGGUCGUCUGGUAUCCCCGACUGGGGAGGAGGAUCCAACUGCAUGGGCCGUCCGUCCAGCGGACCUUACGAGCUGUGCCCUUCAACAUCCUCUCCACAUGCGCUUCCAUGGGGAUCACCACAGUACAUCGGGCUCGGGUUCCUGUCGUUCAUUAGCAUCAUAAUCAACGAGCUCUUUGGCUCGCCGUUCCUAAAGAACGCGAGCAUUAUCGUUGGUCUUGCUGUUGGAUGUAUCGUCGCAGGUGCGACGGGGUAUAUUGACGGGAGCUCUAUCACGUCGGCGCCAGCGAUCACGUUCCUUUGGUAUGUGGUGUAUCGCUUCAAGAUUAGCGUCUAUCCACCCGCUAUCUUGCCUAUGCUAGCCGUAUAUGUAUCAACCACCAUGGAGGCGAUCGGAGACAUCACCGCCUCCGCUGAGGUAUCACGCGUUGAAGUUGAAGGCGAGGACUUUGACUCGCGCAUACAAGGAGGCGUCCUGAGCGACGGAUUCGGCGGAUUCAUGUCAGCGCUCUUCACCGUCGCGCCUCUGUCCAUUUUCGCGCAGAACAACGGCGUCAUCGCCUUGUCCAGAUGCGCAAACAGAUCUGCCGGCCGAUGGUGCUGCGCAUUCCUCAUCCUCUUCGGCGUGAUCGGAAAGAUAUCCGGCGUCUUCCUUGCAAUUCCGAACCCCGUCCUCGGCGGCGUGACCACGUUCCUCUUCGCCUCCGUCGUCGUAUCGGGCCUGCGUGUGCUCUCGUACGUGCGCUUCACGCGGCGAGACCGGUUCGUGCUCGCUGCUGCGAUGUCGUUCGGUGUCGGGGACCUGCUCGUUCCGAGCAUAUUCACGUAUCUCUUCGAUGGCGUUCAGCCGAACAACAAGGGGCUGCAGGGUUUGUUCGAGAGCAUCACGAUUGUGCUGAGUACGCCUUUUCUCAUCGCGGGUAUCGUGGCCGUGGUUCUUAACUUGCUACUGCCACAAGAGGAGCCUGAUGCCGAUAACGAGACGGACGAGGAGGCCGAGGAAGUCGAGGUCUCCCAGGACUUGGAGAUGCAGAAAGAUGAAGCGGGGGAGAAGAAAGUCGAGCACGAUGUGACAGUGCAGCACGCUUAA